CGCGACGCUACCGGAUUUAAGUUUUGUUUUUCGGUUGGGGGUCUCUGACUCGGAGGCUUAGUGUGGCGUUAUUUUUUACAAGGGACAGAUUUGCCCAAUUUGAAGAAGUUUUGUGGAAGGAGGUGUGAAAAGGACAGCAUGAAUUUUACCCCAGUGCGUACCCCUGUCUGCAGAAGGCCGACACCUGUCUCCAAACAGGAUGUUACCUGUGGCUUUAGUGGUCCUACCAAGUGGAAGAGAAUGUCAUUCUUGGAUUCAGUGGAGUCAACUCCUUUGCCUUCCACGGAAGAUCGUCUGGCUGUCCUCUGCCCUUCUCAGGAGCUUCUGGAAUAUUACCAAAAGAAGAUGGCUGAGUGUGAGGCAGAAAAUGAAGACCUGUUGAAGAAACUGGAGCUCUAUAAAGAAGCUUGUGAAGCACAGCAUAAACUAGAAUGGGAUUUGCAGCAGAGGGAAGAAGAGAUUGCUGAAUUGCAGAAAGCUCUAAGUGAUAUACAGGUCUGCCUCUUCCAGGAACGGGAACAUGUUUUACGCCUCUACUCAGAAAAUGACCGACUGAGAAUCAGGGAGCUAGAAGACAAGAAAAAGAUACAGAAUCUCUUGGCUCUUGUGGGCACAACAGACACUGGAGAAGUGACCUAUUUUUAUAAGGAACCUCCAAACAAAGUCAGCAUUCUCUCAAAGACUAAUCAGGCUGUGGGUAUAUGUGAACAGAAUGAAUUUUCCUCAGCUUUCAGAACAGAUUCUAAAGUAAGCAAAAGAAAACCAGUAAUGAGAGAGAAGGUAGAAAGUUCUGAGCAAUACCAGAGAGACGUACAAACACUUAUCCUACAGGUGGAAGCACUGCAGGCUCAGCUGGAAGAGCAGACCAAGCUUUCUAGAGAACAAGUGGAAGGGCUCAUGGAGGAUAGACGGAUUCGCAUUGAGGAAAUACAAGUUCAUCACCAGAGGAAUCAGGACAAAAUCAAAGAGCUUACCAAAAAUCUUCAUCACACCCAAGAACUUCUUUAUGAGAGUACCAAAGACUUUUUGCAACUCAGAUUUGAAAACCAAAGUAAAGAGAAGUCAUGGAUGCUUGAAAAGGAUCAUUUGAUGUCAAAGAUUAAGCAAUACAGUACACAGUGUAAAAAGAAAGAAGAUAAAAUUGGAAAAGUUUGGCCAGUUGUUCAUGAGAUUCAUCGUAACCAAAAUGAAUAUGUUAAGUCCCUAAAGGAUAAGUUAGUACAAGAGAAGAAAUUGUCCAACAUGUAUCAAGAGCAGUGCAUGUCCCUAGAAGAGGAGCUUGCCCGAAUUCGUGAGGAAGAGGGAGUGAGGAGAGAGAUCUUCAAGGAUCGCACUAACAAGAUGGGGAAGCGGUUACAGGUGAUGACAAGACGCUAUGAGGCCUUGGAGAAUAGGCGUAUCUUGGAAGUAGAAGGCUUUAAGACGGAUAUUAAGAUUCUCCGGCAGAAGCUAAAAGACUUGGAGCAAAUCCUCUAUAAGGCAACACUUAAUGCCCAGGCAAACCAGGAUCUUGCCAUCCUAUGUGAGGUGCGUGACAGCAAUAGACGGGCACAUAAGAUACAAGGAGAACUGAAGAACCUAAAGUCCAAAGUCUUUGGUCUGGAGAAUGAACUUAGGCUCUGUUGAGGUUUACAUUUCAACGUGGCACUCAUCUGAAAUAGAUCGGUUUCCUGAAAUCUGCCCAAAAGGUCAUCUUCUCCCAGAAACUGUAUGCACCGAGUUGGCUAGAAUAGUGAUACCUGUUAGUACAAAAACAGUGAUACCUAUUAUUACGAAUACCUAUUAUUAGGAAUUAGGGAUCACUAAAAGAGCCCUUCUAUCACACUGACCUUUAGCUAUCAUUUUUGCUGUCCUUUUUUAUAUUUUUGGUCUGGAUUAUAACCUGAAUUCCUUAGAGACUUUCCCACAUUAUUUCUCCCAUUUAUAAUCUAAUGACAGGGUUUUGUGUUUUUUUUCAAAAAAGGCAAUGAUAAUGAAAAUUCAGGAAGAAAGUAUUUUUGGCUAUGAGCUCAACUGAGCAUCAGUAGUUGAAACUCUGCCUAAAGUCAAGGCAUCCUCUGAGGUUGCCCAAGGUAGAAAAUCACAAUUUAUCACAUGGGAACAAGUAGAUUCUGCUGGGAACAAGUAGAUUCUGCUAUUUUAACUUUCUUCUGUUGUUAACUGAAUUACUUAUGGACCCAGUCUCAGGGAGUUACACCAGAGGGCACUAGAGAUCCUAGUCCGUCCUUCCUUCCUUCCUUCCUUCCUUCCUUCCUUCCUUCCUUCCUUCCAUCUUUAAGCAAAAUGUUCAUCUAGGAAAAUAAAGGUGCCACUUUGGUAAGAGUAAGUGAAAGUUCAGUGAUCCUUGUCUGAAAGAUCAUUAUUUUACCAAUAACAUGUUUUUAAAAAAAUAAUGUAUAUAUUUUAAAUUAACUUUUUCAAUAAAAAUGUAAUUGAAAAGA